AUGACGAGCAAAGUCGGGAUCCUUCUUUUGGCACUGGGACAUCUUGAGGUUACCCAAAGCCUUGCGAAGCCAGAGACCAGAGAAUGUCUGGCGCCCACCUACAUGACACGCUUCAGCGCCAAGCUCUUUCCGAAAAUCAUAAAGUCGGAAAAUAAGCUCGACAAUAUUUUCUUCUCACCCUACGCCGUGCACGCCAUGCUGGCACUGAUCUAUAGGGCAUCGGAGGGUGAAACACUCAACGAAGUGCAGCGGGUCGGCGAGUUCAACCAGCACCCUGUUUUCGUGGCCCUGGACUUCGAGCGACUGAUCAAGUUCAAGGAGCGUCUCCAGAUUCCGGUUACUUCUGGCAAUUCCGCCUACCCUACGACAUUAUCUCUCAGGUCCACACUACUGAUAAGCACCGUGCGUUUCUUGGGAUUCUGGGAGCACACGUUCUACUAUGGAAAUACUCGACCAACCGAAUUCCACCUCGCCAACGGUCGUAUUUCUAAUGUGGACAUGAUGUACAACCACAAAGUCUAUGGUCUGGCCGAUCUGCCCGACCUGGACGCCACCGCCUUGGAACUGCCCUUCAAGGACAGCGCCACCAACAUGCUGAUCCCGCUGCCCAAUCAGCCGAAUGAAUUGGUCAACCUCGAGCAGCAGUUGGCCCAGCCGGAGUUCGAUCUCAACCGGAUCGCCAACUGCCUGCACCGCCAGUCGGUCACGGUGGGCCUGCCCAGGUUCAGGGUCGUUAUGGUUUUUGACAUGAAUGCUCCUCUGAAGCAGCUGGGUCUCAAUCAGAUGUUCACGGACAGCUCGAAGGUGACCGAAUUGCUCGAUCUGCCGGUGCGCGUGGACAAGGUCCUGCAAAGGGCCCAUUUUACAGUGUUUGAGGACGGAACUUCAUUACAGUACCCUUCGGGUCCAGAAGAUGCCAAGUCACUGCCUGCCAAUUCCAAGGAGUUCGUCGCUAAUCGGCCAAUCGUCUUUGCCAUCCGCACCCCCAACUCAGUGUUGUUGAUGGGUCAUGUCAAGAGUGCUAGGAUAUAUAAAUAAGGAUUCCUCCGAUGCCCUAUAGAUCAGUGCCAGCAUGGCGUGCACGACGAAGGGUGAGAAGAUAAUAUUGUCGAGCUUAUUUUCCGACUUUAUGAUUUCCUGGAAGAGCUUGGCGCUGAAGCGUGUCAUGUAGGUGGGCGCCAGACAUUCUCCGGGCUCUGGCUUCGCAAGGCUUUGGGCAACCUCAAGAUGUCCCAGUGCCAAAAGAAGGAUCGCUGGAAGAAAUCGUGUUAGUAACAAAUAUUAAUAGCGGCGGUUUUUUCCCAUCUACCCACCGACUUUGCUCGCCAUUUGUUCUUAUCUCUGGCUUCUUACUCAAGAGUGAAUUAAUAGAACUAAUAAUAUUUUAUUCUUCCGAUGGCCGACCAGCACGCUAUCAGUUGCGCUUCGAAACUACAUAAACGUCGCAAAACUUAUCAUCAGAAGCGGAAUAGAGCCACGCCACACAGCUACACGGAAUAAAAAAAAACAAAAAACAAACUAUUUAAUUGUUAAGGCUACAUAUAAGUUUGCAUAAUGGUUAAUUCCCCUGAUCACAGAAAUGUUUCCAUAAAAUAGUUUUGUACACAGAAAAA